AUGGCGGGAAACGAUUGGAUAAACAGUUACCUAGAAGCGAUCUUGGACGUAGGUCCACCACUGGACGAUCCGAAAUCGUCCUUGUUGUUGAGAGAGCGAGGCCGUUUCAGUCCCACUCGCUACUUCGUUGAGGAAGUCAUCACGGGUUUCGAUGAGACCGAUCUUCAUCGCUCUUGGGUUCGAGCUUCGGCUAUUAGGAAUUCGGAGGAGAGGAACACAAGAUUGGAAAAUAUGUGUUGGAGGAUUUGGAAUUUGGCUCGCAAGAAGAAACAGCUUGAAGGUGAAGAAGCUCAGCACUCAGCGAAAAAGCGACUUGAACGUGAAAAAGCUCGUAGAGAGGCAACUGCUGAUAUGUCAGAAGACUUAUCAGAAGGAGAGAAAGGAGACGUGGUUGGUGAUAUGUCAGCUCAUGGUGGCAGCACUAGAGGAAGAAUGCCAAGGAUCAGUUCUGUUGAUGCUAUGGAGAACUGGGCUAAUCAACACAAGGAAAAGAAACUUUACAUUGUGUUAAUAAGCCUCCAUGGAUUGAUACGUGGUGAAAACAUGGAGCUUGGACGGGAUUCUGAUACAGGCGGUCAGGUUAAGUAUGUUGUGGAACUUGCCAGGGCCCUAGGCGAAAUGCCUGGAGUUUAUCGGGUCGAUUUGUUGACGAGGCAAGUAUCAUCACCAGAUGUAGAUUGGAGUUAUGGUGAACCAACAGAGAUGCUAAACUCGAGGAACUCAGAAAAUGACAUUCAUGAAACUGGGGAGAGCAGUGGUGCUUAUAUAAUUCGUAUACCAUUUGGCCCAAAAGAUAAAUAUAUUCCCAAAGAGCUCCUUUGGCCUCAUAUUUCUGAAUUUGUGGAUGGUGCACUUUGCCACAUCAUACAGAUGUCCAGAGUUCUUGGUGAGCAAAUUGGUGGUAUGGAACCAGUCUGGCCUGUUGCCAUCCAUGGACAUUAUGCAGAUGCAGGUGACUCUGCUGCUCUUCUGUCAGGAGCUCUAAAUGUACCAAUGCUCUUUACUGGUCACUCACUUGGACGAGACAAGCUUGAACAACUUUUGAAACAAGGACGACAGUCAAGGGACGAAAUAAAUGCCGCAUACAAAAUAAUGCGACGUAUAGAGGCUGAGGAAUUAUCUCUUGAUGCCUCUGAAGUAGUCAUCACUAGCACUAGACAGGAAAUAGAAGAGCAAUGGAGGUUGUAUGAUGGAUUUGAUCCAAUAUUAGAGCGCAAACUAAGAGCAAGGAUUAAGCGCAAUGUGAGCUGUUAUGGCAGGUCUAUGCCUCGCAUGGUUGUGAUGCCUCCUGGAAUGGAAUUUAAUCACAUUGUUCCACAAGAUGCUGAUAUGGAUGGGGAAACUGAAGGAAAUGAAGAUAAUCCACCUAUUUGGUCUGAGAUAAUGCGUUUCUUUUCCAAUGCUCGCAAACCUAUGAUACUUGCACUUGCCAGGCCAGACCCAAAAAAGAAUAUAACUACUUUAGUCAAAGCUUUUGGAGAAUGCAAGCCAUUGAGGGAACUUGCUAACCUUACAUUAAUAAUGGGCAACCGUGAUGCUAUUGAUGAAAUGUCUAAUACAAAUGCAACUGUUCUUCUUUCAAUAUUAAAACUUAUUGACAAAUAUGAUCUGUAUGGUCAUGUGGCAUAUCCUAAACACCACAAGCAGUCUGAUGUUCCUGACAUAUAUCAUCUGGCAGCAACAACAAAGGGUGUCUUCAUCAAUCCAGCUUUCAUUGAGCCAUUUGGGCUCACUCUUAUUGAGGCAGCAGCUCGUGGUUUGCCUAUGGUUGCCACAAAAAAUGGAGGUCCAGUUGAUAUUCAUCGGGUUCUUGAUAAUGGCCUGCUAGUUGACCCCCAUGAUCAGCAUUCUAUUGCUGAUGCUCUUCUCAAGCUUGUUGCAGACAAGCAACUUUGGGCAAGAUGUAGACAGAAUGGACUGGAAAAUAUUCACUCUUUCUCAUGGCCGGAGCAUUGUAAGACAUACUUAUCUCGAAUUGCCAUCUGCAAAUCAAGGCAGCCGCAAUGGCAAAAAAGUGACGAUGGAUUUGAAAAUUCAGAUUCAGAUUCACCCAGUGAUUCCUUGAGGGAUAUCAAGGAUCUAUCUUUGAACUUAAAGAUGUCAAUUGAGGGAAGUGGAACAUUUGAUAAUGCUUUAGAGUUUGAAGAUCAUGCUACUGAUGGAAAGAGCAGAGUAGAGAAUUCAAGUUUGACAUUGUCAAAGGGUACGGAAGAAAACCGACAAAAAUCUGGUUACAUGGAAAAAAUAGACCAUAAUAUGAGCAAGUCUCUAAUAUUAAGACGGAGGAAGUCAGUCUUUGUCAUUGCUGUGGAUUGUGAUAUGACUUCUGAUUUUCUUGAUAUCAUCAAAGUGAUUGUUGGGGCUGCUGGUCCGGGCAAGAGUGUGGGCUCUAUAGGCUUUGUAUUGUCAGCGGCCUCGUGCAUAACUGAGAUAUUCUCUCUUCUGAAGUCAGGAGGCUUGAGUCCGAUGGACUUUGAUGCUUUUAUAUGCAACAGUGGUAGUGAACUCUACUAUCCAUCCUCAACUUCUGAAAAUGGUCCUUUUGGGCUUCCUAUCAUAGCAGAUUUAGACUAUUACUCGCACAUUGAUUACCGUUGGGGUGGAGAAGGUUUGAGGAAAACAUUGGUUAGUUGGGCUGCUUCUAUCAAUGACAAAAAGGGAGUAGAAGGAGGACCAGUGGUUGCUGAAGAUGAAUCAGGAUCGGCUAAACAUUGCUAUUCAUUCAAAGUGAAAGACCCAGCAUUGGUUCCUCCUGUUAAGGAACUUCGGAAAUCGAUGCGAAUUCAGGCUCUAAGAAGUCACGUUAUUUAUUGUCAGAAUGGUACAAAGAUGAAUGUGAUCCCUGUGCUGGCUUCUCGAUCCCAGGCCCUCAGGUACUUGUAUGUCCGAUGGGGGGUAGAAUUGUCAAAUAUAGUGGUCUUUGUGGGAGAAAGCGGGGACACGGAUUAUGAAGGAUUAAUUGGUGGAAUACACAAAACUGUGAUAUUGAAGGGAGUUUGCAGCGGUGCACACAAAUUGCAUAGUAACAGAAACUAUCCUCUCGAAUAUGUUAUGCCAUAUGACAACCCCAAUCUUGUCGAGUCUGAAGGGUGCAACAGCAGCAAUGUCAAGGCAUCUCUGCAAAAGCUAGGUGUUCUAAACGGAUAGAAAUUUACUAGUUUAUGCUUUUCCUUAUAUUUAUGAGAGCGUCCCAUAUCACUAUUCCCGCUAGUUGCUUUCGGCUUCUGAUUCUAAUAACUAUAUAGAAUUCCGAUUACUGUUAAAUCAAAAGCCCGCUGGUUCUUGCCAAAUGAAAACUUGCACGAAUCAUCCUUGUUAUGUUUUAGGUCUCCCAGUCCAUGAAUAAUUUCGUUGUAGUUCUUACUUUUCUUUUAUAGCUCUAGUGUUCUGUAUUCAUUUCUCUCUCUAUUUUUUUUUUUCCCCAGAUAUGCAUAGUUGGAUAUUUGUUCUUUGUUGAAUGGUAUAUGAGCACAAUAACUUGGAUGAUUCUAUUAUGUCA